CGCAGCUCCAGAGAGUCACAGCGAGCAGUCCUACCAGCUGAUUUUAAUUAGAGCAUAAACGGCUUUUCUUGAAUUUCAUAUAUGAAUCCCUUUCUUUGCUGGCUUGUGAGCCAUGGUAUAUCAAUUUAUCUGCGACAAAUAUGGACCUAAAUUAAUGCAUUGCGCUUAGUUAUGCGUGGAGCUUUUCUUAUUUCAGUAACGGAUUGACAACUGAUAGAUUCAACCCAAGUGUCCCAGAUCCGUGUACCAUGAACUGCUCUCGCUAUGAACCCAGCUGGGACGUGGACCUGGCACCCCUUCUUUCCUGUAAACUGUGCCUGGGAGAGUUUCCUCUGGAACAGAUGACCACCAUUUCCCAGUGCCAAUGCAUAUUCUGCAGUCUGUGUUUGAAGCAAUAUGUUGAGCUGCUCAUUAAAGAUGGCCUCGAAACGGCUAUUAGCUGUCCGGAUUCUACCUGCCCAAAAAGGGGACAUUUACUGGAAAAUGAGAUUGAAGGUAUGGUGGCUGUCGAGGUCAUGCAACGUUAUAAGAGAUUCCAGUUUGAGCGUGAGGUGCUCCUGGAUCCUUGUCGGACCUGGUGCCCGUCCUCCUCCUGCCAAGCAGUGUGCCAGCUGAAGGAAGCAGAAGUGCAAAUGCCACAGCCAGUACAGUGCCCUCAGUGCAGCCUUCGUUUCUGCUCUUCCUGCAGGGAAGAAUGCCACACAGGACAGGCAUGUCAGGAGAGCCUUCCUAUUACCACCUUCUUGCCCAGGGAGAACAGCUACAGCCUCAAGAAUCAGGAUGACGAGGCUCCAAUCAAAUGCUGUCCUAAAUGUAAAGUGUACAUUGAGAGAGACGAGGGCUGUGCCCAGAUGAUGUGUAAGAAGUGUAAGCAUGCCUUCUGCUGGUACUGCCUGGAGUCACUGGAUGAUGACUUCUUACUGAUCCACUAUGAUAAAGGUCCGUGCCGGAACAAACUGGGUCAUUCCCGAGCCUCCGUUAUCUGGCAUCGGACACAGGUUGUAGGGAUCUUUGCUGGCUUCGGUCUACUCUUGUUAGUGGCCUCCCCCUUCAUUUUGCUGGCCACUCCCUUUGUGCUCUGCUGCAAAUGCAAGUGUAAACAUGGCAACGACGACCCUCUUCCUUCCUAGAGCUCCAUCCUUGCUUCAAGAUGUCACUUUCGGCACAUUUGACUAUCCCGUCUUGGAGCUCUCUGUGGAAUUCCAGCAGGGGCACUCUUCUAUCUGUGAGAUAUCUGAGCUGAAUUAAAAUGUUGACUGACAUAAAAAGGUGUUUUGCAGAGAAAAAGAUGAGCCAUUAGAGGCAAGCUGAAAGUGUUUGUAAGCAAGCACAGUUUAUUUAGGAGGGUUUGGUUAUGACAACAGUUGUCUUUUGUUAUACACUGUUGUCUUUUUCUUUUGUUAUACACUGAAUGGAUCUCAUUCACUAUUCACUACUUCAUCGCUUUGUGUUAAGGGAUUUUUUAUGUUGUUUAUCAAGAAUAUAACAGAUAAUAAUUAUAUUGACUACAGACUACAAGGGCUUCAUUCGUAAAAGUUCUUCAUUCAUACAUUUCUUGUAUCACAACCUCAAUAUUUCAGCCAAUUUUUAAAUCUGGUUGCAUAUGCAUGCUAAAGACUGCGAAAGUUUCACUUAUUGAACAGGCCAUAGCUACCACUUAUUUCUAUAUGCUUCCUAUAAGCUCUUUCUUGGGUCAGUAAAACCCUGUUAUUCGAUUUGAAUCAACUCCGAUACUUUACACGCACCACAAAUGUAGCAUAUUUGCCACCUGAUGCCUUGUCAAAGCUUGUAGGCUUGGGUGUUGCCAAAAGAUUACUACUUAGCAUUCAGUUUGUCACAUAUAAGUAUGUUUAUAAUGGAGCUAUCCCAAAUACUUCAUAAACUAGCUAUUUUAUUCAGCUUUUCUCAUUUCAACAGUCGUCAGUGAUGUCAUGUACAGGUGAAUUCUCUUGAUGUCUUUUGUUUAUAUUUCCAACCCAGGAAGGUGCUAUUCCAACCUGUUUUAACUAAAAAUCCAAAUACAACCUGCAUUACCAUGUGCCUGCCAAUUUGGGUCAGAAUAAUCAGACCAGUGAAGCAUAACUUUGUACUUUUCAGGUCACUCUAAGAGUUAUUUAUUUAUUAUUUUUAUUUUUUAGAGUAAUAUUUAUGGGAAAAUGUGCCAAAUGUGAUGUUUGCCCAUUUGUUUCCUUUCUAGCACAUUAAUAUUUGGUUGAUGUUUAUGAACAUAGUUUCUUGUUCUUAUUCCUUCAGUUAAAAAUGCCUUUCUUUUUUCUGUAUUUUGUAAAUUCUACUUGUAAGUGUUUCAACAUACUUUUUGGAGCUGUAACUGUAAAAAUGUGUUAUCACGUUAAAAUAUAUAAUUAUGCUUUAAUGCCCUCUUUUUUUUUUUUUGCACAUUUGAAAAAAACACUUGUAACAUAAACUGUGAAAAGAAAAGAAAAAAAAGACAAGGUUGCCUCUGACUUCCAUUUGUCGGGACAAAAUAAAUUUUUGAAU